UAGUGCUUGGUUAGUUGUGUUACGAUCGACGUUGGGCGCUGUUAUACUCUGAAAUGACCGACGGAUGUGGAAAGACGCACGAUCGACUUAUUUUCAAUAUAUAUAUAUAAUUUAAAAAUAUAUUAAAAAUUGGAAUAAAGUUACAAUUGUGAUAUAAUACUUUAAAAACAAAUCUAAUUAAUCGAGCAGAGUUGAAAAUGCAAAGAAUAUAUAAGUAUAUAAAUAUAAUUUGAAGCCGCGUUAAACUCUCCGCGAAUUAUUCACGACAAAUAGACUAUAAUAUAGUACACUAUUUACAUAAAUACUCAUAACACUACCGAAUUGGUUACCAAUCACCAUAACAGCUUUCGAAAUAGAAAGUAAUGCAGCAGUAAUUUACAAAAAAUGCCACGAAAACUCUUGAAAUUCCUCAUAAUCUUCGAUAAUACAUCACUCUUGUAUUUCCCUGGCCAAUUUCUAUCCGGUCGCGUACUUAUCGAACUACAAGAUGACACACCCGCGCUGGGUCUGCACUUUCACGUUGUCGGCGAAGGUGUAGUACGCGCAGGUACCGCACGGCAGGAGCGUACUUAUGACAAAGAGAAUUAUAUUGAUUUCCGUAUGCGACUAUUGGGCGAUGUGGAUCAAGGACCCUCAGUGCUCUCGCCUGGCAUACACAGUUUUCCAUUUAAAUUGGGUCUGCCCGUGGGUUUGCCAUCCACGUUUUUAGGACGUUAUGGUUGGAUACAGUACUAUUGCAAGGCGGCCUUGCGUGAACCGAACGGACUGAUACACAAAAAUCAUCAAGUAUUCAUAGUGAUGAAUCCGAUCGAUCUAAAUUUGGAGCGUCCGAUUCUGUCGCAACCAUUUACGUGUGAGAUCGAGCACAAACUUGGCGUGGCCUGUGUGGGCGGCGGCAAAGUUGUUGCGCGAGUGGCACUCGAUCGUGGCGGCUACGUGCCGGGGGAGAGCAUAUUGAUUACCGCAUACAUUUCGAAUCACAGUAAUGUGACGAUUAAACGGACAAAGGCCUCACUAACCGAGACCAUUGAAUACUUGGCACGUGGGAAAGUGGUGCAAACGGAGAAACGCGCAUUGGCCACUUUGGCGCGUGGCAAAAUUCGUCCAGGCGGUAAGGAUGAGUGGCAAAACGAUAGUUUGUAUGUACCACCGUUGCCGCCGACAAAUCUGCAUGGCUGCCAUUUGAUAAAAAUCUCCUACGAUGUGUUUUUCGUAAUCGAGCCGAAAUCUUUGGAGAAAGAAAUCAAAUUGCAGCUGCCCAUAGUUUUAGCUACAUAUCCAUUUCGCAAUAACGGCAAUGAUGUUUCGAAUACUUGGCCAGAUUCAGUGUUAAAACCGGACACACAUUACCCGUCAACGUUGCCUAUCUUUCGUCCGUGGUUGCAUGAGAAGCCCGAACCCAAUUGAGCAUAAGGAAAUGAAUUCACACUACGCAUGUAUGUAAGAUAGUCGGAGGAAGGAUAUACAUACAUACAUACAGACAUAUAUUCUUAAGAAACCAGCGAGCAGUGAUUACGUUAAAAGAAAAUCUUAUAAAGAAUUCGCGAAGUAAAAUUCGUUUAUUUUAUGUAUAUUUUAGGGUAUCUGUUGCUUCCAAAUAGAUUUUUUUUGCAAACGCCGCCUAAAAUUUCAGUUUUAUUUUUUAAAAAACUUAUCCAAUGAAUAUACAUAUAUUCCCAUGAAUAUAUUUAAAAAAGUUUUUUUUGAAAUUUUGCAUUAAAUUAAAUUAAAGUAAAUUUACGAAUUUGAAAAAGUGAUAUUCUAAUAAAAAAUUUUGUGAUCUUAAAAAAAGUUCUGAAUUAUUUUAUCAUAAAACCACUCUUUUAAAUGUUAUAGGUUAUACAUCAAGUAUAAUGAGUCUCAGUAAUUCGGUAACUGAGCAUUCAUAUCCCAAAGUACACCAUGUCGUAUGAGCAACACAGAAUUCAUAAGACUGACAUAUGAUUUGAUGCAUAACUUAAACUGCGUGUAAAUAACUUUUAAUGUAUGUUUUUUUUUUGUAAAGAAGAAAAACGUGUUAAUGUUAUAUAUAUUUAUAUUAUAUUAUUUAAUAUUUUUUAAAUUUUUUAGGUAUAUUUGAUUUGGAGAUAAAAGUUUAAUUGCAAAGAUCAAAAAAUCCCAAAAAUAUAUAGGACAAAUAAAAUGUUUAGGCACGGCUUAAAUCGAAAAUAAAGAGCUUGUUUACGUUGGAUCCCUUUCUAUGGGAAAAAUCUGAAACUUCAGGUCGCAUCUGCAAAAAAAAUCAGCUCAGGAAAUAUCGGAUACCCUAAUGUAUUUACACACUAUUUGUUCAUUACUUUCUUGCAAAAGCAAUAAGUUUUUUAAUACUUACCCCAACUUGUUAUGUGCCUAAAUAAAAUUAUUAUAUUAUUUUCGCACACAAAUGUAUAUAAAUUUAAAAAUUUUAACCUAUAAUUUGAAAAAUUUAAUAACUUUUAAUUUGAUUUUUUAUUCGAUACUUUCGAAUGUACUUCAAAGCCUAGCUUUCCUAACUACAUACAUAUGUUAUUUUAAUUCUGAAUUUCACUUUGGGCAUCAAAAUUUUAAUAAAAUAAUACUGUAUUUGAAAAUACACCCAGUGAGAUUUGUUUAUUUGCCUAAAUCGUCUUUAUCCUUUAAAUUUGUUUAUUUUGGAUAUGAGUCUCGAAGAUUUCGCUGACAGCCAUAAUAAUUUAGCUACUACACAUUAGUGAGUAAACAUAUUAAUUUUACUUAUUUGUAUCGUAUUUAACAUAGUAACUAUAAAGUAAGUCAAAAAUAUAUUUUUAUGUAAAUUUAACUAAUUUAAGACGAAGCAAUAAAUUAUCACAUAUAACUGA